AUGGUCGAUGUAGUUUUAUCCUGGGGAUUUUGCGGCUUUUCUCUAAAGCGUUAUGGGGUAAGAAAAUGCAAUGCUGUGUGUGGUGUUGGCAUCUACAACAGCACGGUGCACACCGCUAAUUCUCCAAAUUUUGCAGGAGUUAGGAACAGACAGGAGAGUCAGGAAAGAGAAAGUGGAUGGGUGGAUGAGUGGAUGAGUGGGUGA